AUGCCCUCUGCCUUUUCUUCUCUUCGCUCUCAUGAGAAAAAGUUGGGUCAUCAGCAACUCUGCAGGAAUUAGCCAUGAAAAUUUGGCCUGGAUUCCUGCUUUUGCCAAGUGUGUUUGAACUGGUAUGUUCUGAUCUGGAAAUACAGCCUGAACAUGUGCUGCCAGUGUUUUCACCUGUAUGCCAAGGAUAUCGGCUUCAUCAAGUCGGAUUAAGUCAUUUUGUUUAAAUGGAUGCUGCAAGACAUUGAUACUUUGGAAAAUCAUGAUAGCUGCUUUUACAUGAAAUAAACAACUUCAAUUAAAAACAAAAAGCCCUCUGAGCCUAUUUCCUCUUCUUUAAAAUAAGGGAAUUGGAUUUGACUGUCACAGGGCAAACUAUCCUGUGGAUGAGUGUAUAGCAUCUGUACUGCAGAUCUCAGCAGCAUGGACGGGGAGGGUCCAGUGCUGCCACUAUGUGUUUGAGAGGGUCAGUGGGCCAGGGUUCUAGCAUUUAAGAGGCCAAGAUCAGAACUAAACCUUCAAGCCUUGAGAACAGAUCUUUGUAUUUUGAUCUGAUUAUUUGAUCUACGAUGGUUUUCUCAUCCGUUACAGCAUAUGUACUUACUGUAAAUUUAUG